AUGAAUAUUGUUUAUAUAAUAUUAGGGUACCUUAUUAACCAUUCAAGUUCAAAGUGCAAUGAAUUAAAAAUACACCAAUAUGUAACUUGCUACUAAUUCACAUCAAGGUGUUGCGUUUUAGAAGGAAAUGAAGAAGAUUAUUAAAAACUCCAACACAUCAAUACUCAAAUUGUAGAAAAGUCAUUCUAAAUUCCAUAUUAAGAAGAACCGAUUUUAAUUAGAAUUAUCAACUCUUUGAAUCAAAAUAAAAUAUAAGAGAAGCUAAUGUGCUCCUUGUUUGUUAAUCUUGAAUAUUAUAUCACUUGUAUGGCAUUUGAUUUAAUUUUGUAUGAGCAAUCAACUAAAAAUAGUGAAUAGAUUAGAAUAGAUACAAAAAUAUUAGCUAAGGAUCUCUGCGAUGGAUUAUUUGCAACGCAAGACGGACGUUUGAGUUUAUUUUGUCUAGGCUAGACAACUUUGAAAUAAUAUUCGUUGGAUUUCUCAAGGAAUGUUAUUUUAAGUUUUGAGUAUGAUGUUUCAGACUAAAUAGAGGAUAAAUGCAAAAAAAAAUAAAUUAAAUGGAACGAUUACUAAUAUUUAAUUGUGUUUUAUCAAUGCUCGAGAUGGAAAGUUUUACUAAUUUAAAAUAAUCAAGCUAAUACUUUAUUGGAUGCCUCAAUGAAGUAUUAGUAUGUUGAGCUAUUCAGGUUCUCUUUCAUUGACGAGGUAACUUCUUGUGAACGUAAGAAUAUGAUUUCUACUAUCUAUCUGAUAGAAGAUAAUUUUUAUUUAUAAUUUUUUGUGAAUCAAGUUGAAACAAAAAAAAUAAAUUUACUAUUAAUAGAACAUCCAAUUCGAAUUCAAAAGAUAUUAGUAUAAUCUUAAUGUUAACUAUUGCUUUUAGUAAAUUAGUUGGAUAAAAUUAAUUCAUCAGUAAUUUCAAUUGGAAAAGCAUCAGAAGUAAUAAUUAAUUAACAAUAUCCAAUGAAAAAUAUUCACUUUGAUUCAAAUCUCGUUUUCCUACAAAACUAAUUUAACUUAGACGUAUUAAUAAAUGCUUACAUUAAUUAAUCAUAUCAAAUUUGCAACACUUCAUUGCAUUUUUUUUAAAUAAAUAAUUUAUUUUGUUAAUUUGACUCCACCAAAAAAGUGUUAUAAUUUUAUAAAUAUUAAUCACUACAUACUUUUAUAAAACCUAAAUAGAAGUAUAUAUUUAUAAUUUAGAAAAAAUAAUUAUUCACUAAAGGUGAUACUCCCAUUUGUUUUAAAGUCUUAUUCUAAAACGAAAAUCAAAAAGCAAUAUCACAAUUCUUUGAGUUGAUUCAAUUCCAAAAUAAUUGCUAAAAUAAAUAUCAAACAUUAAGGAAAUCAGAUUACUCUUAUUACUUUAAUAAUGGUACUUUCGAUUUAAAUAGUAGCAAUGGGAGUAUUAAUGUAAAUAUCAGGAAAUAUUAAAACAUUCAUUAAAAUUGUUUAGCAAGACUUUAUAAAUUUUAUUUCCAAGAUAAGUUUGAUUUAAGAGACUUAAUAAAAAACUACAUAUAUUUUCAAUAUGAAGCAAUUUUUUAUAUCUAUGAUUGCGAACAAGAUGAAUUUACACUAUCAAUAAACCUAAAUUAAUAUAUUGUACUUGAAUAUAGCCCAUUCUAUUAUUUUGUGAACAGAAAAAACAAUAGUGUUUUGAGAGGAGUUAUCCCUUCACAAUCCUCAAUUUAAUAUUUCAAUAUCGAUUUGAAUGAAGCAAUUACAAACUUUAGGCACAUAUCUUAAUAUAUAUUUCUUUAAGUGAACAAUUCAGAUUUACCGCUUAUUAUAGAAAUGAAUUAUUAGUCUUAUUCAAAAAGCAAUUAUUUAUCAAAAAGCCUUUAUUAGCCUGGACUUAUUCUAUUUUAUUUUGACUUUGAGGAAAUAACUUUUAUCCAAUAUGAGAAGAUUUUAGCUAUUUAAAGUUUAGAAAUUUUUAGAUGUUAUGAAAUUCAAGAAUAAUUAAUUAUUUCAACCCAUGAAUUUAUACAUCCAAAAGGCUAUUACUUAAUUGUUGCAAUACAAAAUUAAACAAAUUCUUUAAUAAUGUAUUAUUUUGAGGAGAAUGAACUACAUCAAAUUUACAAUUACACAUUUUAGGACUAUUAAUUUUAUUAUCCUUAUAAGUACACAAUAAACGAUGAUAACUUAGCUUUAUUAAUUGUAAAAAAUAAUAUGCUCUAUAUAGCCAUUUUUUAAUAUAGUUUGUCAAAGGUAUUUUUAGAUGACAUUAUCGCAACUGACAAUUCCUUUUUUAAAUUUGAUUAAUAUCGAUUAUUUUUUUCUUUUGAUAAAGUAUGGAUGUACUUUUUUUUCAAUAAAAUCCUAGUUGAAUUUGAGACAGAAUAACUUCAUUAAGAUACCUUAUCAUCAAGCUACUCAAUGAAAUUAAAAGAAUUGGAUGAAUUUGAAUUAAGAAUUUAAAUCUAAAAUAAAUGCUUUAAGGUAUAUUCUAUAAUAAAAUCACCUAUUAUUGAAAUUCAAAAGAAUUAAAUUAUAAAAUUAAAUAUUGCUGACAUAUUUUAUGGUCCAAUUACUAAUUUGACACUUAUAAAUAAUUCAAACAUUCAUUUGAAGGGUCCUAUUCAAUUUAAGCAGGAAAUUUUAAAUUGUAAUGAUGAAGCUUUAAAAUUAUGUUAUAAAGUACAUAAUUAUUAGAAAUAAAUAGAAAUUUUCAUUUUUACAGUAAUUAUGUAGGAUAAUUAAGUUAUUGAAGUAAUUUAAAGAAAUAUUUUGGAUAGAUAUUAUGUAACUUGGAUAAAAUGGUAAUAUUAUCUUUUUGUUUCUCAAUUAUUUAAUGUUGAAUUAAUUGAAUGUUCUGAAAAAUAAUAUGAACCUUGUAAACUGAUCUCUAAGAUUAGUGAUAAUUUAGGAAUAAAAUAGAUUAAUAUUGCACACACAAUCGGAGUUGGUAAUUUAAUAAAACUUUAAGGUGACAACAAUUAAGCUUUUAUUUUUAUUGAUGAUAUCAAUUUUAAUAUAUAAAUUUUAUCUGGUAUUAUAAUUGAUAUCCAAUAUAUUGAAAAUUCAGAGGAUUAAUACAUCUUUUUAUAGCAAAAUAUGAAUGAUUCAAAAGAUUUAGAAUUAAAAAUAUACUCUAUCAGUUUAUAUCAAAAACAUUUAAUAUACUCAUUAGCAAUUAGUGAAUAAAUUUAGACAGAAUUAUUUAAGAAUGGAAAUCUUAUUGAACACAUAUUGUAGAUCAAAUUAAUCUAAUGUAAGUAUUCUGGAGAUUAAAUUAAUAUUAAGCUUCUCAUUAUGGAUCAAUUUUAUUCAUAAUUAUUCUAAUUAAAUUUAGAUUAAUAAUAUAAUUAAAUUGAAUUCGAAUUGUAAAAGCAAGUUAGAAAUCUAAUUGACUUAAAUUUCACUUAAACAAAAGAUUUUAUGAUUUAACAUAUUGAUGAUUAGCAUUUAGUUUUAAAAGAAACUUAUAGCAGUUUGUCUUAAUUUUAUGAUCUCCUAGAAGAUAGAAGAUUCUAUGAUUAUUUUCAUUAAUCUAAAAUUUCAAUGCAAAUAAAAAGAUUAAAUACUACUCAUUUAAUUUUCAUUGACCUUCUUAACAUAUUUAUAGGAACAAUUGGAUAUGAAUUAGAAUUAUAAAAUCAUAAUUAAAGUGAAUAAAAUUUUCAAUUAUUUGCUCAAAACUAGAUAUCUAAUUAAGAAGUUUCAUUGCAAAUACAUAUAAUUGAAACAAAAUAGAAAUUUAGACAUAAUAUUUUAAUCAUUUAAAUAUCUUGUUUUAUUUUCAUAUUAAAUUACACUAGAAAAAUUCAAUCAAAAUUAGAAAAUCAAAAACAAAAUUGGAAUUGA